AUGCAGGACAAGAGACAACGAAUAUAUCGUUGGGUUGGGAAUAUAUUAUCAAACCAAACAUAUAUAUACGAUUUAAGGUUAGUUUCCACUCAGGAAAAUUAUCUGUGGAUUGGAACGGACGUAAGAAAAUUUUCUUUGUCUUGUGAGCUCUGGGUUGGAACUAAUGACUUUAACAAAAAGAAAAAUGUUGUUGUCCGUUCCAAUCCACGGAUAAUUUUGGAAAGCGUGGAAACUAGCCUUUAGGAAUAAUUUCACGUGAUGUUUUGUCAGUAACAUAAUAUCAGACUGGGUCUAUCGGAACGAACCAUUGCGAAUAAGUAAAUGUCUAAAUGUCGUGUCUUUGCCCAUCCACCUUUUUCAUCACUGACAUGUUUUCAGCGGCGUAAUAUUUAUAUAACUUCCACCAUCGUGUAUUUAUACGGUUAUUUUCCUUGUUUUGUAUUUAGGAUAUUUUGCUUCUUGCUAUGAGCUUGCUGAUGGUAUAUCAGAGAACAUAUUGCAGUACUGCUCCAAGUCCUGCGAAGAAGCUCACGGUAAUUAUAAAUAUUAUAUUUUAAAAAACAUAAUUCAAAAAACUAAAAUUAUUUUAGAUGACGCCACGCCGUGUGAUUUGCACACCGGGAAAGGUAGGGAGCUUAAGAUGAGCUGAAUCUAGUACGUGGACGUGACAAAAGAACAGUUAGUUAGUCUUGUUUCGUUUGGAUUUGUAACCAGUAAAAAAUUUUUUCUCAGUUGUCCCCCCUGCUCCCCUGUUUCGUACGCCGUUAUGCAUAUAGAAGGUUAAGUCGGUUCGAUUACGUGAUUAAUAAUAUACAUAAAAAAAUUCUCAAUUCUGCCGAUUGGCUAAGAGCAGUGCAAUUUUUUCGAAAUACAUUGCCAAAAAGUGAAAUACAGUGCCAAAAAAGAAAUGCAGUGCAAAAAGUGAAAAUAAUACAAGAAACCAAACAAUUACGAGUGACAAAAUAUGGCUGGCGUUUUUAGUAGAUUCUCUAAUCAAUUUUUUAUGUUAAAUUAAAAUUAUCUAUUUCGUAUGUGACGUGCACACAGACAUGACUGCAUAAUUAAUUUUUUUCAUGUAUAUUUUUCAUGUAUCUAUUUUUCAUGUAUAUAUUUUCAUAUUAAUAGGUAAUAGCAUGGUUUCUCGAGCAAUUUGGAAAAACAUACACUUGUGAGUUUUUCAAAGACUUUAAAUUGUUCCGAUGGUCUUUGAAAAAUUCACUCUUGCAUGUUUUCCAAUUUGCACUCGAUACCAUACUAUACAUGUCAGAAAUGUGUUCUUAUUUAUGUCAAGACUCCUGGUCUAAUUCAGCAUGGAAGAUUUAUGUGCGGCCAACGCACGAAACCAUGGUUCGUGGUAGUGCAUGUAACUUCUUUAAUUAGCUCAAUCGCGAUCAUUUGCCCGUUAUGAGCUCAUUGUCAGAGUUGCUACAACACCAGAGUGGUAAAUUUACUUUUUGUCACUGACACAAUAAUGGUUUGUUUUGUUAUUUUUUUUAAAAAACAUCGAAAUUUCCAAACAAAAAGGGCACCUUUGAUGUUAAUUUAGUAUUUACAGCGACAUUACAGUAGCUUGUACAAAAAUAGCACUUUUCAUCACAAAAAGGGCACUUUUGGUCCUUUGAAAAAAUUGGGGGAGGGGGCACGUGCCCCCAGUGCCCCUCCCCGGUUCAGACGCCCCUGGCCAACGGCCAACAAAGGUAGGGCCAAGAGGUAUCAUGGUAGUGGACUGGGGUUUAGGUAUGCUGUAGUUUUAGAAAAACGUCAUUUUGAAUAACUUAUUAUAAUUCAAAAUGGCGUUUAUCUAUGUCCGUACCUAGAGUACAGCAUUCCUAAAACGUGUUUGAGAAUUUUCGAAGACAAUGUAGUGGUUCAAUUCAAACCUCUGCAACAUGUUAAUAUGUUAGUGCGAGGACGCUUUAUGCAAUCAGAUGAAGAACCCAAAAAUUAAUUGUGUAAAUGUUGCAAUUGUAUCUUCGUCAGUUCAAAUUUGUUUCGCUUAACUUUUGAUACCACGACGAUUCGACGAUUCGACACCAUUUGCAUCCCCUCUCGUAAUUUAUAGUUCCAUGCAGUUAUCUCUGUGUAGACCGUUGUUUACACGUUUAACUUAUGGUCUAAACGCAAAGUUAGGACGAGUUUUUCGGCUACUCAGAUUUCCAUCUAACUUUUCAUGGUUAAAAAUUUUCUGGUUAGUCUAAAAUUAACACUGUUUGGGGUAACGUAAUGUACCUGGUUAAAUUUCUUGGUAAUUUAACCUCAGUCCAGAUUAAUUUUUCACUAUCGUGGCUGAUUUAAUCAAGAUUCCUGCAUGGCUAAUGAACAACUUGUAUGUAUGUUAGACUAAAUUUUAAUCUAAGUGAAGAGAAGGGAAUCAAACACUAUACAGCUAAAAAGAACACAAUGAAAUUUAUUUAGUAAAAUUGCAAAAUCUGAUUGAGAAAUGUUGUAAUUUAAAGCUUGGAAAAUAUAUAUAGCCUUGCAAAGUUUGCAAAUUUUCUAUAUGUUUGUAUUACGUGCGGAAAUUGUUACCAUGCAUUUUCGGCUUUAAAAUGGGUAACAAUUUCCGCACGUAAUUUAAUAUAUACAAAAUAGGCAAAUUUCGCAAGGAUAUAUAUUCCAUAUUUUACAACAUUUCGUAACCAAAUUUUGCAUUUUACUAAUUUUAAUAGUUCUUUUACUUUUUGCCUCGAUCAAAAAUUAGUCUAACAUGCAAGUUGUCUAUUUAUAUAUAACCAGGUAUAUACUGUUAUAUACAGGGUGUAUCAAAAAAAGCGCAAUCCUCGACUGAAAUGUAAAUUGCUAAACAAAUAAUAGACGAAAACGUUAAAGUUUACAUUCAUUUUAAAGCGUAGCCAUUCAGCUUUCUAACAGUGGGUUGUUUCUUAAAUUUGACUCAUUGGUUCGCGGGUAAUAAUACUUUACGUUAUUGCGAUUGGAGAUUAAAAAAAUUGAGAUGGAAUAACAAAUCGUUCUCAUGAAAAUAACUGAUUUUUUUAUUAAAACAAACAAAUGUUGCAUUUUAUUAAAUGGAUUGUAACAAUAAGUAUAAUUACGGCUUUUCUUCCACUAUUUUUAACUCAGUUUGAAACUUCGAAUGCGAUAUAAUUUUGGCUUGGACCAUCUAAGCUGACUGACAUCAACUUGCUAUAAUUUCUGUUUACAUUACAUCGCAAUUCGACGACACUCUGGCUCAGACACCAGAAUGUUUUGACGAUUUUUAGCAUUCGUUUAGGAUUUUCAAACAACCUGGUCUCUUUUAAAAUACUUUUAAUUUGUUCUUACGUGGUUUUCCAGAUGUAGUGACGACAACAUUAAAGUUUAAAGAAGAAAAUUCUAACAUUUAAACCGACUAAACAAUAACAUAGUAAACUUGCAUAAUUAAACAGCAACUAAAAAUGAUAGGUUUUACUAAAUCUUUUCCUGUGCAAUUAUUACUAGCAUUGGAGACAAGGAUAAUAGUUUGUUUGAAAGAGAAAAGAACAGGCUUUGAAGUAAGCCUAAAAGCGUUUAACUAGAAAUAGUAUUUCGAAAGUUAUUAAGCACAAAAGAUGCAUGAAUUGCGUUUAUUUUGAUACACCCUGUAUACUGUUGAAUUAACCAGGUUAUUUAACCAGAUUAUGUUAGAUGGAUUCUUAGACAGGAAUUCCUGGUUAGUAUAUAGUUCACCUAUAACAUAAUCUUGCUGGUUAGUUCCACCUUAUAGCCUGGUUAAAUUAACUAGGCUUUCUGGUUAGAUUAGCCUGGACUAUGAUCGAAUUAACCAGGACUGAUUAUACGUUACCCAAACAGUGUUAAUUUUAGAUCAACCAGGAAAUUUUUAGGCAGGGUGUUUUUAGAGUGUAAUCAAUAAUCAAUCAAUCAAUUUAUUCAAGGUACAAUGAUGUUUGCACACAAAGGCCUUGCAGGAGAAGCCAGUGGUUAACCUUAUAUAAGGAACUCUUCUAUACGUUAACAUAAUAAAAUAUACAUUAAAGUAAAUUCAUAUACCACUUGAGUUGGCUUUUAUAUUUACGAAAUUCUUAGGCUGACCAAUACCUUACGAGAUAUGGCUAUAUGGCAAGAUUUGAUGGCACGCCACCACCGGAUAAAAGGAAAAACGCUAUCGGGGAGUUUCAGGCGUAUGCAAAACUACCUGUAACAGGUGUAAUGGAUGAAGCAACGGUUGCAAUGCUUACUGGUCCACGGUGUGGGGCAAGAGACACUGAAAAGACUCCAUCUCGUUUGAAGCGUUAUGUAAAACAGGGUAGUACAUGGAAAAAAAUGGUAAUGUUGUUAUAUUUUUGGAACCGCAUUGUUUUAUAUUUUAUAUCGUGAUUUUAUAUAAUCUCAAAGACAUAUUACGCAUUUUUGCAACAAAAAAUGUCAAUAAACUGUACUGGCUAUUUAUUGCCCUUUUAUCUUGGCCAAUGACUUCGUUUUUAUGUGGUUAUUUCCUCAGUUAUUUCCCGUAUUUUUUCAGUUCAUACACAGUAGGGUUAAGGAUACGUCUGUGAUUGCAUGACUUAAGAUCAAAGAGAAAUAUUACUAACUUACUGUCAGAGAGUCAGGGCUGUGCGGGAAAAUAUCAAACCGAGGUCGAACCGAGUUUUGAAGUUUUCAUGUACUGCCCAAAUAGUCGAGGUCAGUAACUUUUUUUAUCAUAUGGCGUCGCACCGAGUAUGAGAGAAAAUAGCCUGGGUACGAGGUUGAUGGCGUUGUGUGUUUGCGGCAACUGAAAAUGAAAGACAUGGUCCGGUUAAUGUAACUUAGUGAAACUACUCUACAGCACCUUUUAUGGAAUAUUAAAAGAACAUUUUAUGGGACAAUUAAAAGAACAAAAAACAGUAUAAUGUCCAUCAUUAUGGAAAAAGAUAAAGGUUGAAGAAAAUCCAUGAAAGCCAUCAAAUUAUCCCCCUUUGAGAUAUUACACGCAUAUUUUCAACAUAAGUCUAUUCUCCCUAAAACCAUGACUAUACUUCAUUGUUAUUUACAAAUAAUUUUAAUGAUUUCUUUAUUAGAGCAAACGAAGCACGUUACUUAUGAUAGGAAAACUAUACAAAGCCGGUCGCGUGAAAAAAGCUAAACGUGACUGCCUUUUGUAAUUUUCCUAUAUGCAACCCGUUUCAUCCAUAUCUUCCUUCUACCCUCCAGACGAAGGGUCCUUGCUGAGGCGUUUUCCCACUGAUACACACGUAUAAGCACGGAAAAAUUUAAAUCCCCUAAAGUGUCUUAUGAAAUAACUAAGUGAAUAAAAGGACAUCAUUUGGUCGAAUGAUUUAUUGCGCAUUUGUUGAGGUAAUUACUAUUUAAAUAAAAUUUAGGAAGAUUUAAACUUUUUCUUGUGUUUACAUACGCAUGGAAAACCGCUUAACGACUUGGAUUGUGAGGCUCGCGUGUAGUUCAAAUAGCGCUUUUUAUUUUUACCCAUGAUUUGCACAAUUUCGAUUGUCUUUGUAACAUGAGCAAAUAGUUGUCUGAAUUUGAAGCAUGCUUAUAUUUGCGUUUCAAGGAUUUAUCAUGGAGUGUGCAUGGUAGUCCACAGCCGCGUGCGAAGAUCUCAUCAGGGACAGUUCGAGUGACCAUGGCAAAAUCAUUCAAGAUGUGGAAAGAUGUGAGCAAACUAACGUUUCGACGUUUGGCAGAUAAUGACAACAAUGCGGAUUUAAUUAUCAAAUUUGGCGUUGGCAACCAUGGUGACUUCUACGCAUUCGAUGGCAGAGGAGGCACUCUGGCACAUGGAUUUUAUCCUGGGAGUAACACAGGU